AUGGACACCUUUGGCACUAAGUUAAAGCAGAAGGCUCUGAAGCAACCUAAGCAGAAGAAAUCCAAGUCGGCUGAAUUUCUGAUGGGGGAAGAAGAGAGGGACGCAGUGGUAGGCAUCGAAAAUCCAGCUUUUAAUGGAGGAGGAAGUGCCGAGCCUUCUGUUCCUCUGGUUUGGGUGGGAAGAGAAAUUCGAGGUGACAGGCCGGAUAGCACCCUUGCAGCUCACCCAAAAAAAAUGGAGCUGCAAGCCCCUGCCAAAGAAAGAGGAGAUGAACAUGCCCAAAAUUACUUUGACCCAUCGUCGGCUGCGCAGGCGGACACGAGACAUUGCAGGAUGGCUGGGGCCAGCGCUGAAGAUGAGCUGGAAUUAACAUUAUUAAAUGCAGAUGAAAACAGACUGUAUCACACAAUGGCCGCACUGUUGGAUGAGGACGACACCUUCAUAGACAUACCUGGUACACUGCAAGCCUCCGGGGAUGAGGAGGUGUUGGAGGUGAAGUCAGGUGAUCCGGUGCUUCAGCGGCGACUGAUGCUCCACAGUGGUGGUCGUGCCUCGGGCCCCGGCCCCUCCCAGCCCCACGCCACUGCCAGGACCCAGUUUGAGACUGGUGCUGGGCUGGAAGUGGAAGCUGGACCCGAAGCAGGGAGGAUGGUAAUGGGCAGCGAGAGCACUGUAAAAAUGAGGAUAGCUGAGGAGGUGAUCCCCCACUACACCCAGCAGCUGAGGGCGCGUGUGCAGCCUGACAUGAUCACGCUUGGCAGCCUUUCACUGCAGCAGAUGAACCAGAGCACGACUCCCCAGCCUGUGGAGGUGUGCGUGUGCUGCCUAAGAGCCGCCAGGGACAAACUACCCAGGGGCCUCUACGCCGUCAGCCUGUCCCUGUACAGUCGUCUCGGGGGUUCAGCUCUGGCUUGGCGCGGGGAGAAGGAGGAGCAACAAUGGGCUGUGACCACCGAGCCGGUCGAGCAUCGGGGCCGCUUCCACGACACCAGCCUGCACAUUAACCAGAGCCUGUUCACGAUUUUACCCGCAGCCCGUGAGGUCGUCCCCUCCAUGGCGCUGAUAUUCCAACUGAUCGCUCUGCCGGGAGCCAGCAGCCACGUCAGCUCUGUGCUGGCGUGGGGGGCAUUUCCUGUUUGCGGCCCGGGCCUCGGCCUCGUGCAGGGCAGGUUCAAGACGCCUCUUCUCAGGGGGGAGCCCAACACACAACUGGACCAGUUUAGAAAAAUUGAAGGCCUCCUCUCCUCUGAUCUCGACCACUGGCUGUGCAACAUGUACUUUCAGGUCAAAAGGCUCCCGUCUGGGGGGCCGGAGCGCGGCACCACUGCACUGCCCCCCCCUGCUAACCCACCAGUGGUGCCCCGGCCCGACGGCCAACGCGACCCGCUCCAGAGCCAGCUUCCACUGCAGCCCCAGCCCUCGUCCCAGCCACAGCUUUGCACCCAGUCCAUCCAUCCCCAGUCCCUGUCAUACCCCCAACAGCAGCCUCACGCGGGCCCCAGCGGCGGAGCAGGAGAGCCCGCUGCGGUGUAUUCUCACCGGGGGUCUCCUCUCCACCUGUCAGCUGAUUCCGCGUGCUCCUCCUCCUCUCUGCCAGGUAGGGAUCCACCGCCCAUUUCUGGGAACCCAGGCGAGAAGGGGGAUCCGUGCGGCAGGGUGAGAGCAGAGGGCGGAAUCCACUACAAGAAGAAGCCAAUCAAGAAGACAAAUAGCUGCGGCCCCAGCGUGAGCAGCGGCAGCGCGCCGCCUCGGCAGGCAGGCAAACAGAGGAUGCGGCAUUCGGUGGAGAACCUCUCCACGGAGGAGAUGGAGGAGUAUACAUUCUCCCUACAAUCACCAGUGACGGGACCCGCCGCCCGCCCCCCCCGCCUGUCCGACCGAGCCCGCCUGGCCCUGCACAUGCUGUCCUCCGACCUGGGCCUGCCGUUGCCGGGGCAACAGCAGCCUGGGCGUACGAGCUGGCGCGGCUCCGUUCGGCAGCUCGGCCUCAUUAUGCUGCUGAUGGCUUUGAUGUGGUUUGUGAGGCUCUACCUGCAUUACUGCAGCCAGUGGCUCUACCUCCAGGCCAUAGCAGUUCCUGUCAACAAGUUCCAGUUCCACGCACACACCGUGGAGCUUGUAUACCAGAGUUCCUUGCUCCACAUCUGGGAGGAGAUGGCGAUGCUGGUGGUGGGUCCCCUGACCUUGAACGCAUUAACGUUCCUGCUGGUUCUGAUCAGAUGGGGCUGUCAACAGAUAUUUGGCUCACUCCCUUCCUUCACGUCAAAGUUUAUCAUGGCUCAGGGAGUGUGGACAGUCCUCGACCCUCUGGCGGUCUUCGCAGUGGACGCCGUCCUUGGGCGUCUCACCUACAGCCCGGACACACCAGUUGGGGACGCGGCAAAGCUCUACUGGCACUUUUAUCGAGCUGACCAAUCGGGUGCAGCCGGGCUGGUCAUCACUCUCUUCCUCUACGCGGUCGUGUUCCUGCUCUCCAUCACCAUCCUCUCCAUUUACCUGCUCAGAUUCCACAACGAUGGCCACAUGCUGGACAUCUUUCAGCGGCUUACAGCCAAAGAGGGGACGUACUUCCUGCCUCAAGAUCUGGAGCUGUCCAAUCAGGAGCUGAGCUACAUUGUCAAGAAGGCAGAGCAGUGGCGAGGCUUCAAUGGGGAGAGGCGCAAGGUGGCAGUUAAUGACUAUGUCUGGACAGCAGAAGACCCCCUCCCUGAAUCUGCAGCGUCCAGCAAUGAUGCUCUGAGGGACGGCGCCCCCCCGCCAGAGGGCGAGACCAGCACACACGUGGUCGUCCACACCCUGUACCUGAGUGGGCAGAAGCAAAGAUACAGACACUUCCUCCGACAGUCUAACGGGGCCAUCGUUGAGGGUCCCAUCGUGUCGAGCCGGUAG